AAUGAAAAUCAUCUCAAUCUAGUCUGCCUCUUUUCCACAAACUCGAAAUAGAGACCACCAAGCACGUUUGAGAAGAUGGCGCUGAUCUGUGCAAUUAGUGGAGAAGUACCAGAGCAGCCAGUGCUGUCUCUUGUGUCAAAGCAAGUUUUUGAAAAGAGACUCAUAGAAAAAUAUUUAGCUGAACAUGGAACUGAUCCAGUCACUGGAGAUCCUUUAUCAGAUGAUAUGAUAAUCGAAAUUAAAUCUACCCCAGUAACAAAACCAAAACCACCAUCAGCCACAAGUAUACCUGCAAUAUUGAAAGCAUUACAAGAUGAAUGGGAUUCAGUCAUGCUUCACAGCUUCACCCUCAGGCAGCAGCUACAAACAGCACGACAAGAACUUUCACAUGCAUUAUACCAACAUGAUGCUGCUUGUCGUGUCAUUGCUCGUUUAACAAAAGAAGCUACUGCUGCUCGUGAAGCUCUGGCCACACUGAAACCCCAGGCUGGCAUCUCCACUCUGCCUACACCAGCGCCUCAGGUCCCAGCAGCCGGACCAGUUGCACCUUCAAAGCCAGAGCCAAUGGAAAUUGCUCAAGAGGCUGAAGAAGCUGGAAUGUCUGAAGAGGUCCUGCAAAAGCUCCAAGACAAGGCCACGUUGCUUACAUCAGAGAGAAGAAAGAGAGGAAAGAAGCCUCCAGAAGAUCUUUGUCCUGUAGAAUCAAUCAAAGCAUUCUCUCAAGUUUCUUCUCAUCCUGGCCUUCACAGUGCAAGUGUUCCUGGUAUUCUCGCUUUGGAUUUACAAGAUUCAGACCCAUCAAAAGCUAUCACUGGUGGUGUGGACAAGAAUGCUGUUGUCUUUCAAAGAGACACUGAACAGGUCGCUGCUGUUCUCAAAGGGCAUACAAAGAAAGUCACUGGUGUCAUAUAUCAUCCACACCAGGAAAUUGCUGUUACUGCCUCUGCUGACAGUACCAUUCGAGUUUGGAACAUUUCUUCAGCAUCCUGUGCCCAUACAAUCAAGGCCCACUCUUCAGCCAUUACUGGUAUCAGUUUGCACGCAACAGGUGACUAUGUUCUAACGUCGUCUUCUGAUGAGCACUGGGCAUUCUCAGACAUUGUAACUGGACGGGUUCUUUGUAAAAGCAUUUCAGAUGCAAAUGCAAGCCAUGGACUAACUUGUGCUCAGUUUCACCCCGAUGGUCUCAUCUUCGGCACUGGAACUACAGACAGUGUGAUCAAGAUUUGGGAUUUGAAAGAGAAGGCAAAUGUUGCUAAUUUCCCAGGACACUCCGGCCCCAUUUCAUGCAUUUCCUUCUCUGAAAAUGGUUAUUACUUAGCAACUGCUGCUGAUGAUUCAGUUGUUAAACUUUGGGAUUUAAGAAAGCUGAAGAAUUUCAAGACGAUUACUUUGGAAGAGAGGGAUGAGAUAAAGUCUCUUUGCUUUGACAAGAGCGGACAAUACAUGGCUGUUGCAGGCACAAACAUACAAGUUUACUUGGUGAAACAAUGGGAUCUUCUUACUACGUUGACAGAUCAUACUGCAGUCGUUACUAGUGUCAAGUUUGGAAGAAAUGCAGACUUUUUGGCAUCAGCAGGUAUGGAUCGAAAUUUGAGGUAUUUUGCGAGACGAUAGAAAGAAGUAUGCAAAAGGAUUUUACAAAGCUUACAUUCCCAUAACCUUAAGAAUAUUUUAUGGGUGAAUGCCAACAGUUCUCAGCCAGCAAGACAGAGAAACUCUUGAAAACAAUUUUUUAUUUCAACUUUUUUUUUGAGCAAAUCAUUAGCUUUGUCAGUACACUGUACCGCUAUUCCUAUACUUAUUAUGUAGCACAUCUUGCCUAGUUUCGUAUUUUGUUCAACUUGUAGUAUUGUUUGUUCAGUACAUAUGUGCAGUAGUUUCUUAUCAA